AUGGACACCGACGCAGACAAGAUUCGCGCCAAACGUUUGGCGAAGUUGGGUGGUCAGGGUAGUAGUAGUGCUGCCGCAGCUUCCACAGCGUCAUCAUCUUCUCCGGCAACGAAUGCCACCACGAACGCUGAGGCGCCAGCAACUCCAAUACCCUCGAAAGAGAAUGUGCCGGUCACAUCACAACAGUCAUCACCACAAGCUCCAGCCGCCGAAACAAAGAAACCAACGCCACAGAUCACGGUACGACCCCGACCUGCAUCACCAGCCAAACGGGAAAGAGAUGGCUCAGAGCGACCGCGACCAUCUACCAAUAUCGAACGGCCUACAGAAAGCCUAGCAACAUGGCAAGAUCGGACUUUACGGCAGGUCUUGCGUGUGACGCUCAAGCCAGACGAGGCCAGGGACGCCCAUGGAAACAACCUCAUCUUCCUCGCGAGCACCAAAGAUGACUUGGCAGACCAGAGCACCGACGGCCUGCUCUCCGUCGAUCAGCUGGAUACCGCCAUCACCGAGGCUGCCGUCAACACUCCUGCAGGGAAAAAGUUCGAAUACUUGUUGAAUUGCUUCAAGCGGGUCGCAAGGGUCACACGAUCGACCAAAUUCUCCGGGCCUCAAGACCCCAAGCAUGAGGUGCUCCGAGAGACGAAACGGCUAUGCAUGAGCUACUGCAUCUUUGCGGUCACGAUCCCUGAGAUGUUCAAUGAUACUGCGCCAACGACGAAUCCACUGGUGCACCACUUGUUGGGAGAUCCGGAGAGCGAUCUGGGGAUCUGCACGGACUUCCUGACCGAGGCGAGCUCGAGAUUCGAGGAGGACGACAGCAUCAAAGAGGCGAUCGUCGGCGCAGCUGAAAAUCUGAGCAGCAUGCUCGCGCAGAAAGAUAUGCUGUCGGAAUACCAGAACUAUGUGAGAGCACUGCGCAAUCUGGUCCGGUUCCCCAAGAUCGUGGACGCCAUCACGCAAUCGCCACUUUGGGCGCCGGAAGGCGUUCAGGCACAGGACAUUGAGAAGCGGACAUUACUCGGUCCCUUUUUCCGGAUAUCGCCCAUGCAGCAAGCGGUCGCGAGCAAUUACUUCUCGGCUCCUAAAACAAGGGAUCGCAGCUUCAUCGCGAACGCGCAGAACGCCAUUCGUAUGACGCUCAAAACCCAUCAACACGAACUCUUCCAGGUCGUCGAUACCGUCGUGCGGAGCGGUGCGCCACAGCGGGAACGCAUGCUCCAGUGGUUCGCCCUCUGCGUCAACACCAACCACAAAAAGCGCGCCAUGCGGGUCGACUACAAGUCCGUCUCCAGCGACGGCUUCAUGGUCAACGUCACCACCAUCCUAGAUCAACUCUGCGAGCCUUUCAUGGAUGCGGCCUUCGGCAAAAUCGAGAAGAUCGAUGUCGAUUACCUCCGCCGCAAGCCACGCGUCGACAUCUCCGACGAGACCAAGAUGAACAUGGACCAGAAGACUUCGGACGAAUUCUUCGCGGCCGCCGCGGACGGCACGAGUAAUUUCAUCUCGGAGGUCUUCUUCUUGACCGUCGCGGCGCAUCAUUACGGCACCGAAGCGGCUCAGACGAGGAUGUCGACGCUGCAGAAGACGGUGAAGCGGGUGGAGAAGGAUGUGAUGGAGUUCGAAAAGGAGAGGCAUAAGUUCUUGAGCAACCCGCGAUUUCUGCAGCAGUUUGAAGCUCGUCUUGCCCGGGCGAAACAGGACAUCGACGACAUGUGGAGUACCAUCCACGCGACCAAUGGUGUUCUGCUUGAUGAGUUGAAUCAGGCUCGUUCGAUGCAACUGAUGCGGUAUAUCAUCGUCUGGCUUCUCCGGAUCGCAUCGAAACAGAACAUACCCAAGGAGAAGCUGAAGUUGCCAUUACCCGCCGAACAGUCAGCCGUCUUCCAAUCCCUUCCCGAGUACUUCCUCGAGGACAUCGUCGAGAAUUUCAAGUUCAUCGUGUCCAAUAUCCCUCAGAUCAUCACACCACAGCAGAGCGAGGAAAUCGUGCAGGUUUGCGUCACAUUCCUGCGCAACAGCGAGUACGUCAAGAAUCCGGGUGUCAAAUCAGGUCUGGUGAGCAUUCUCUUCUACGGCGUGACACCGUACGGGAACCGGAGCCGUGGCGUGUUGGGCGAUGUGUUGAUCGGGUCGGAGUUCGCCCAUCAGCAUCUGCUGCACGCUCUGAUGAAGUUCUACAUCGAAGCCGAGAGCACCGGCUCGCACACACAAUUCUACGACAAAUUCAACAUCCGAUAUGAGAUCUUCCAGGUCGUCAAAGCCAUCUGGGUCAACACGCUCUAUCGGGAAAACCUCGCCAAGGAGGCUCGGAUCAACACCGACUUUUUCGUUCAGUUCGUCAACAUGCUCGUCAACGAUGCAACCUUCGUCUUGGAUGAGGCCCUCACCAGCUUCAGCAAGAUCAAGCAAUUGACGGAUGAAAUCAGCAACCCGAGCAUCAUGGCCGACCUCACCGAGGAGCAACGAAAGGAAAAGACCGAACUCCUCGAGGACCACAAGGGCAAGGCCAAGAGCUACAUGCAACUCACCAAGGAGUCCAUGGAAACCCUUAUCCUCUUCACCGAGACCCUCGCCGACGCCUUCACCAUGAAGGAGAUCGUCACCCGCCUCGCCGACAUGCUGGACUACAACCUCGACACCCUGGUCGGGGCCAAGCGCAGCCAACUGCGCGUGCAGGGCGCGCAGGAGUACGGCUUCAACCCGCCGCAGCUCGUCUCCGACCUCGUGCGGGUCUACCACAACCUGUCCUCGAAGCAGCCCUUCAUCGCGGCCAUCGCGCGCGACGGCCGGUCCUACAAGCCGGCGAACUUCACCGCCGCGACCGAGAUCCUGCAACGCUUCGCGCUGAAGAGCCCCGAGGAGCUGACCGUGUGGCACGGGCUCGGGGCAGCGGUCGCGGCCGCCAAGGCCCAGGACGCGCAGGACGAGGAGGACCUGGGCGAGAUCCCGGACGAGUUCCUCGACCCGCUGGUGUUCGACCUCAUGGCCGACCCGGUCAUCCUGCCCACCAGCCGCAACACCCUCGACCGCUCCACCAUCCGCAGCCACCUGCUCAGCGACCCCACCGACCCCUUCAACCGCGCGCCCCUCCGCAUCGAGGACGUCGUCCCGGACACGGCCCUCCGCGCCAAGAUCGACGCGUGGAAGCAACGGCGCAAGGAGGAGCGGGCGCGGGAGAGGAUGGACACCAGCGAAGGUUGA